CCCACGUACCACCCUCUCUCUUUAAAACCAAGAAUGCCAUUAACUUCCUCCAUUAAACAAAGAACAAAAGAAUGGCAAAUAUGUCAAACCCAUUUCUUUCAUCUCUAUAUUUUCUACUUCUCCACCACAUCAAACCCGAAACUUGAAUACAUAAAGACAAAAGUAAAAAAAAAAGGAUCAUCAAAUUCAAAGAAGAGUCAUAUAUAUCAACCGAUCUUUUAGCUAUGGGGGCAGCUUCAAGCCUCGCCGGAUCUGAGGCUUAUGCUGGAAAGUUAUGCGGUCUCGAAGACGUACCUGAGAACUGUAUAACGGCAAUGUUCAUGUGCAUGGAACCAUCGGAGAUAUGCAUACUUGCAAGGGUGAAUAAGUCAUUUCAUAGGGCGUCGAGAUCCGACACGGUGUGGGAACACAAGCUUCCCCUUAACUACAAAUUUUUGGUCCGAAGAAUCCUUGAAGAUCAACAAGUAGGAGAAAAAGACAAAGUUAUUAGCCGCACGAAAGAGAUCUAUGCAAGGCUUUGCCGACCAAACUUCUUCGACGCCGGCACAAAGGAAGCAUGGUUGGACAAGAGAAGUGGGAAAGUGUGUUUGGCUAUAUCACCAAAGGCAAUGAAGAUAACCGGCUUUGAUGAUCGCCGAUAUUGGGAACGUAUUCCUUCCGACGAGUCAAGAUUUGGAUCAAUAGCUUAUCUCCGGCAAGUAUGGUGGUUAGAAGCAGUGGGAAAUAUCAGGUUUGAAUUUGCACCAGGAAAAUACAGUGUACUUUUUAAGAUACAUUUAGGCAAACCUUUGAGAAAGUGUGGGAGAAAAACAUGUAACCUCGACCAAGUUCAUGGUUGGGAUAUCAAACCGGUCAGGUUUCAACUGUCUACAUCAGACGGCCAAAGUGCGAUGUCUGAACGACAUUUGGAUGAACCAGGGAGGUGGUUUUAUCAUCACGUGGGUGAUUUUGUCGUAGAGAAUCAAAACUCGCCCGUUUGGGUCAAGUUCUCUAUGCUCCAGAUAGAUUGUACACAUACCAAAGGUGGUUUAUGUUUAGAUUGUGUGAUUAUAUGUCCAUUUGAGUUUAGAGGGAAAUACACAUGUUUCGAUUAGUUUUUGUUUGAAAGGUUUUGUUUUGAUAUAUUAGUUUGUAGGAUAUUUAUUACUUGUAAAUCUAUAAAGUCUGUUUAUAUUGUAAGAUAAUUACUAUAA